CCAACGAGGAGAGGAUUGAGAGCAGGAAGCUCAGCCUACCACAACUGAGUGACGUCAUAACCACCAUGGCCAGCUAUCCAGACGGGCAGAGUUGCCCAGGAGCUGCAGGACAGGUACCUGGACCAUCCCCCGGUGGUUAUUAUCCUGGACCUCCCCGUGGUGGGGCCCAGUAUGGCAGUGGACUCCCCCCUGGUGGUGGUUACGGAGCUCCUGCCCCUGGAGGGCCCUAUGGAUACCCCAGUGCUGGAGGAAUCCCCUCUGGAACUCCAAGUGGACCAUAUGGUGGUGUACCUCCAGGGGGUUCCUACGGUCAGCUACCCACAGGGAGUCCCUACAGUACCCAGCAGCCUGGACCUUAUGGACACGGUGGUAUCCCCCCCAACGUGGAUCCUGAGGCCUACUCCUGGUUCCAGUCAGUGGAUGCCGAUCACAGUGGCUAUAUCUCCCUCAAGGAGCUGAAGCAGGCCCUAGUCAACUCCAACUGGUCCUCAUUCAAUGACGAGACAUGCCUCAUGAUGAUAAACAUGUUUGACAAGACCAAGUCUGGCCGCAUUGAUGUCGUCGGCUUCUCAGCCUUAUGGAAAUUCCUCCAGCAGUGGAGGAAUCUCUUUCAGCAGUAUGACCGGGACCGCUCAGGGUCCAUUAGCUCCACAGAGCUGCAGCAAGCGCUGUCCCAGAUGGGCUACAACCUGAGCCCACAGUUCACGCAGCUCCUGGUUUCCCGUUAUUGCCCACGCUCUGCCAUUCCCGCCAUGCAGCUCGACUGCUUCAUCAAGGUGUGUACCCAGCUGCAGGUGUUGACUGAGGCCUUCCGGGAAAAGGAUACAGCCGUACAGGGCAACAUCCGGCUCAGCUUUGAGGACUUUGUCACCAUGACGGCUUCAAGGAUGCUAUGACCCUGCACACCUAAAGGGAGUGGAGCACACCAGGGGAUGGGGCCUCUCCUUUCCUCCUCUCCUAGCCUGAGCUAGGAAGGGACAGAGGUGGACUACCCUGGGCUGUGGAGUGGCACGACCUUGGAGUAGGGCCCUAGAGUAGCAAUGGAGUUAGUGUCUGGCCAGCUGUCCUGGCCUCUGGCUUUUAUCCUCUACUCCCUAAUGCCAGUGCUAAGUGCUCAUUGGCUGGCCUACCUGUAAUCCCUCACCGAGACCACCAGGUCAGAUGAGCCCAGUGUCUGUACAGUGCAAUUAGACUGAGUGUGAGGGAGAUUUGCUGGGACCAGAGCCUGGGAUUCCUUAGCUCUCUCAAUCUCUCAAUAUUAACAUUAAUUUUCCUGAGGCUUUGCCUGCACAAGAAGCUUAGACAUUCUGCUAUCUCGGCCGCAUCUGAUGAGGCUCAGACCCCUCACUGGCCAGCCAUGUUCCACUCAGCUUCCCUCCCCUGGGACAUUGUCACAGCCUACUGCCAACGUUGUUUGUAAUUUGCUUUCUUUUUUUCCCAUUUGGGGCCAAAAGUUCAGGAAACUGUAAGCAUCAAUAAAGGAAAGACUGCAGUCCUGUUUCCCACCGUGA